AUGUCGGUCAAACGCACACCGCCGAAAAGUAGUUCUAAACUACUUACUUCGCCUGUUCAUUACGGAUCGGACUCGGCGAUUUAUUCACUCGAAAAUCAGGAAUGUGCUGACCUAAAUAUUGCAAAGAGAAGUAAACGCCGACGGAACGACCCAUCUAGCGCCGCCGACAUCACACUAUCUGAUCUUAUGGCAAGGAUGGACGAGAUAAAGAAACAGCAGGACGCUAGGUUCGCCUCACUGGAAUCAUCUAUAAUCCAAUCCCUAUCAGUUCAAAAUGAGGAAAUGAAGGAGUCAAUAAUGUACCUUUCGUCUAAAUACGAUGAUGUUCUUAGUAACCUAAAAGCGCUUCAACAAGAAAAUAAUUAUUUUAAAACACAAAUUAAAACCCUUGAGGCAAAACUGGAGCAAUUCGCAAUAAACGCUCGAUCAUCCACUAUAGAACUUAGAAAUGUCCCUACAUCAGAACCCGAGACUAAGGAACAGUUAGUUGAAGUCGCAAAGAAAAUCGGCACGCUUAUCCAGGCCCCAGUUGAAGACUCGGAUAUACGAGAUGUAAUUCGGAUGAAACUCAAAAAUCAGGAACCCGGUCCGGUGUUGGUGGAAUUCACCUCGACUAUAAAGCGCGAGAGAUUCUUAAAGGCCACAAGAAACUAUAAUAAAAAUAACACCGGUCAACGUCUGAGUACGUCUAGUCUCUGUAUAAAUGGACCGACCAAACAUAUAUUUGUAUCUGAAUCCCUUACUGCGCCAGCGCGACGACUACAUUAUCUGGCUAGAAUGUUUGCUAAGGACUACAACUACGAACACUGCUGGACAUCCUUUGGCAAAGUGUAUCUGAAACGUAGGUCGAAUGAGACCCGCCUUCGCAUAAGCUGCGAAGAAGACAUCGAAAAGCUGAAGAAAACCAAGUGA